CUGGGAGAGAGGACAGAGGUUUGGUCCUAAGGAUGGCAGAAGUGACGUACUUUAGACAUGGAACGGGCAGGUUUUAAUGAGUUGGGGUGAGGACAGAGGAGGAAUGAAAGAUGGUGGCCAGGUGUCCACCUUGCAGAACUGGGAGAGGCGGUGCCCUCACUAAGAUGGGGAACCCACCGGGAAGAGGAGGCCAACUCAUGGGUUCCUGUUCGGAUGUGUGCAUUUUGCCUUCCAGAAUGGCAGGGGAGUCACCUUGUCUAAAGUUAUUUGUUGAGGUGGUGUCUCCCCACGGUGGCUGAGCCUCUGGAGGGCUGGGGUCGGGCUGACCACCUCCAGUCCAGCCCUGGGCCUGAAUGGGGCCUCUGGAGUGUUGGCCAAAUGAAUGAUCCUCAGGGCAACCCAGUGAAUCCCCUCCAUUCCCAGAGAGCCUCUGAAGCAGGAAAUCGUUAAGGGGGCCAGCAGCUGUGCUUAAGAGGGUUUCUAUCAGUCUGGGCAGGAAAAGCCCCCAGGGCUGAGCCUCUGCCCAGUAAUGGGAACUCGUGGGGCCGAGCAAACAUCCAUCCUUCAGGGAGGCCCGACGCGGUGCGGGGCUGCGGCCUUCUGGGGAGGCCAAGGCAGUGUCCCCAGAGUCCAGAGGAGCCUGUGACCCAGAUGCCGCCUCCCCCUCGCCCCCGGCCGCGCUGCGUGGGAGGAGGCGGCAGCUGCAGGCCGCCGGAGGGCGGGCGGCCGGCGCGCCCGGCCCGUGGGAAGCGGCGGCAUCUGCUUUUUCCACGCUCGUUCCCAGCGGCUCCCUCUGAAACCCAAGCCGCCGGCCCGGCCCCCGCCGCCUCGGCCCGUGCCCUCGCCCGCCCCGCCCGCGGAUCGGGUUGCAGGACCCGGUGGCCGGGCUGCGGCUGCGGCUCCCCGGGCGAGCAGGCGAGCCCCCCGACUCCAGGGCAGGAGACCGCGUCCAGAUGGCCAGGCCGCUGUCCACCCCCAGCCCUUCGCAGAUGCAAGCCAGGAAGAAACGCAGAGGGAUCAUAGAGAAACGGCGCCGAGACCGCAUCAACAGCAGCCUGUCUGAAUUGCGGCGCUUGGUCCCCACUGCCUUUGAGAAGCAGGGCUCCUCCAAGCUGGAGAAAGCCGAGGUCCUGCAGAUGACGGUAGAUCACUUGAAAAUGCUCCACGCCACUGGUGGGACAGGAUUCUUUGAUGCCCGAGCCCUGGCCAUUGACUUCCGGAGCAUCGGUUUUCGGGAAUGCCUCACCGAGGUCAUCAGGUACCUGGGGGUCCUAGAAGGGCCCAGCAGCCGUGCAGACCCUGUGCGGAUCCGCCUUCUCUCCCACCUCAACAGCUAUGCAGCUGAGAUGGAGCCUUCACCCACGCCCGCUGGCCCCCUGGCCUUCCCUGCCUGGCCCUGGUCCUUCUUCCAUAGCUGUCCAGGGCUGUCAGCACCCAGCCACCAGCUCGCCAUCCUGGGAAGAGUGCCCGGCCCCGUCCUCCCCAGCGCCUCCUCACUCGCUUACCCCAUCCCAGCCCUGCGAACCGCUCCCUUGCGCAGAGCCACUGGUACCAUCCUGCCACCCCGGAGGAGUUUGCCACCCAGUCGAGGAACAUCUACUACCCGGAGGGCCCGCCCCCUGGAGAGGCCAGCUGCCCCUCUGCCCAUGGCCCCCAGCAGCAGGGCUGCCAGGAGCAGCCACGUGGCACCCCUCCUUCCAUCUUCUUCUCCGACUCCCCCUGGCAUUGUGGGGUCCCCUGCUUAUGCGGCUGUUCCUGUGCCCAGGCCCCCUUCCCUGGGGCCAGCUGGGAGAGCAGCAGGAGCUGUGCUCUGCCAGUCCUGGGUCUCUGAAAUCACUGAAGUUGGGGCUUUCUGAGCUGGCUUUCCCCCUGGCAGGGAGGAGAGUUCUUGUUCCAGGAGCUCAAAAAAUGAUGCCGCCUUUUCUGCUCUGCUUCCUGGACUGGCUCGUGUAUGAAGGCGUGUUCUUUACCCAUCAAAGGUCCCUCCUCCUUUGGCCCAUCUCCCCUCCUCACUGCUCAUCCCAGCUUGUCCAGCCAGCGCUCCUUGAGCUGUUCUGAUCUCAGAGGCUUGGUCUCCUUUCUCACCUGGACAGAUGAGUCCCAGGAGAGCCCCGAAGAGCUGUGCCCAGACCCCUCUCCUGCCCCAGCACACAGGGGGCAGUAGGCGUGAGUCUCAGGUCUGGGAACAAAUCUUCAACCUAACGGGCACAAUGGCCUAAGGCAGGCUGCUUCCCUCGAGAGACCAGACCCCAGCCAGGAGCAAUGAGACACUGGCUGCAGCCUUCCCAGGGCCACAGGGCUGGAACAUUGUGUCUGCCUCACUUCCUGAGACAGUAACUGAGCAAGGGCCACAAAUAGGUCUCUUGGGAACCCUGUCUGCCCCUGCCCACCUGUCUUCAGCCCACCCCAUCGCAGAAAACCACAGGACGGGCCUGCCGUCCACCACAUCCCAGGCCUGAGGAUUGGGGGCCCAGCAGGGCCUGCUCCUGCCCUCUUCUCAGCUGCAGACACCACCUCCCGCUGACCAGCUGUUCCCUGCACACGGCUGGGAGGUUUCCGGGCAGCAGUAAGGCUCUGCGACAGGGUGUCCUCACCACCAGCCUCAGACAGCGCCCCCAGACCGGAGCCAGGAUUGACCAACUGAGAACCCAGCUCCCUGCCUCUCUCACCGUCACCAUCCUCCAGGCACGUGGUCCCCACUGGGUGCACAGUGUGGAGGACCAUGUUCCCACGUGAUGGCGCCCAGAGAGGAAUCCUCUUGGGAUUCAGCACCAGACGUUUGUGCCGCCUGGUUUGCAUCCGGCUCACAGAGCCAGACUGUUGGGACAGCCAAAGGCUGUCAGGCUGGACAAAAAUAACUGCAAGGAGGGGUGAGAGGAAGGACAGUCAGAGGCGGCUCGGCCCUUCAAGGUCACACAGUGGGUCUAGGGCCUGAGAUUCUCUUCACCCAGGAUCCCACACAGCUGGCUCUGCUCAGAGGCCGUUUCACUCCCCACCUCCAGCCCGGACCGCUUCUCUAACAGAGGGAACAAGUGGCCCAGCGACCCUUCCCAAUGGAACAGCAGAGACUGGAUCAAACAGGGGCAGACCCAGGACUGACAUCCAGCUGGCCCAGCAUUGCCAGACCUGUUGUUAACAUGUAGAAAUACUUCUGCGCUCGUUCACAAAUACCUGCUGUCCCUGAGUGUCUCCGAGAGUCCCCCACCACAUGGCUUUUCCCUCAGGACCCUGUGCUGGUUAAUGCCUGGCAGACCCAAGGCCAUGGGGUCCUCUGGUCACUGGUGCUUAUUCCGCACCAGUUAUUAAAUACUUCCAGUGUCGCCCCUGGGAAGAUUCUCCCACCCCCACUCGUUGAUGGAACUACCCUCCCCAGAGACUAAUUUGAGGAGACUCCAUGGGCUUAAAAGUGGAGUUUGCAAAGGCCCCGGGGAAAAAGGGCCCUUUCAGAGAAGUAGGUAAGAGGGUAGAGAUCAUUUAAAUGACCCAGAAAGCUCUUUUGAAAAGGCAAAUUCCUCAAGGGGGGAUAAAAAGCUAGAGUCAUUCUUUCAUUCCUGUGUGAGUUAGUCCUGUCAGAUUGCUGUCCUCCUGGGCCCAUCUGAGCUGGACGGUGCUGAGGGGAGAGGGCCUCAUUUCAGGGAGUGCUCCUGAGGGGGAUGGAGACGGUGGGACGGAGAGAAGGAGGGCUGGGCGGUCAGCAGGCUCCUAGGAGUUGGGAGAGGGGGACAGAGGGAGGUGGCAGAAGGCAAAGACCAACUUCACCUCACAAAGGACUGGGAGAACUGCUCCUCCUCCUCCCCCUCCUCCCCUCCUGCCUCCCCCUCCUCCCCUCCUGCCUCCCCCUCCUCCCCUCCUGCCUCCCCCUCCUCUGCCUCCUUUCCCUCUCCCCCCCCUUAUUCCUUCCCCCUCGUCCUCCUCCUUCCUCUCCUCCCCCCUCCUCCUCUCCCUGACCACCCCAGGUGGUGGCCCACUGCUCCCAGGGUACCAGGUCAGUCCUGCAGUCCUGCGCUUUGGCGACUUCCUAGCCCGAGAAUCCAACGUUUACUCAUAGUGGGGCUGUGGGAAACAUAUUUCCACAUUUCAAGUACCCAACUCCAAAAGAAUUGGUUGACACCAUUGAACGAGGUGGAAAUGGCCCAGAACUUUCAGCAUCUUAGUUGAUCUUGGGUUCAUUCUCUCUGAGAGAUUGUUGGGGGAAAGGUGACUGUGUGUUUGUUUCCAUGGUUGAGGACUUGUAUCUUUGUUUAUAUUCCCAAGCCUUUCUGGUGCCCCGGACUCCCUACCCCAUUGCUGGAGUUGUUGCAGACAUCCAAUAAAACUUUUUUUAGUUCUUCUGGAAA